AUGGAUCAUACUGCCAUGAACGUUAACCCUAUUGCUAUUGAAGAAAUUGUACCUAGAAAUGGAGAAGGAGAAGUUGGUGAAGUUGUUGUUGUGCCUAAUGGUGAAGAAGGAGAAGCUGGUGCUGUAGAUGGUGAAGGAGGAGAAGUUGGUGUUGUGAAAGAGAAGUCGAUGGGAGAUGAGGAGAAGUUGGUAAAGCGCCACCCGUUGUUGCGCGCUGAAGAUGAGAAAAUCUGGUACGGUGUAUGUUUUGAUGUGGGAACACUUUUAGUGUUUGUUGCCAUACGAUUAUGGUCAAAAGAUGAUGAGCACCACAUCUCGAGUACAAUCGUUCUUCAACUUUUAAGUGUUGGUAUUGAAACAUUGCAUUACAAUUCGGAUUGCAAUUUGGUUUGCAAAGUUUUCAAAGAACCUAAACAUGCAAGACAUUAUAAAGCAAAAGUGGGUUGGAUGAUCGCAACUGCAAUCUUGGGUUCAAUUGUUACGGUUUGUCCUCGUGGUAAUGCUAAUUUCAUGGACAAUUUAUACCAUGAAUUUCUCCCGUUAGAUCCCGCCAAUCCCCUGUUCAACGGUUGGAUCCGUACAGCAACAACUUCACCAACUUCUCCUUCUCCAUUUCCAGGUACAACUUCUUCAAUAGCAUUAUAUGGUGAAGGAGGAGAAGCUGGUGCUGUAGAAGGAGAAGUUGGUGAAAUUGUUACUGUACCUAAUGGUGAAAAGGGAGAAGCGGUUGCUGUAGAUGGGGAAGAAGGAGAAGUAGGUGCUGUAGAUGGUGGUGGAGAAGCUGGUGAAGCCCUGCCCGUUAUUGCUGCUGAAGAUCUCCCUGCUCUGCUGCCAACGAUGUUGGAUGAUUCAUUACGCUUCUUCUGUCCACAAAAGCCGGCAGCCAGUCUCCGGUCGGUUGCAGCUCGGUGGUUGCAUGCCUGGGACUCCGCUUCAAGGUUCGUCAUUCGCUCGCGAAUUGCCUCGUCUUUAAAGCUUGAGCCGGUUCCAUCUCUUCUGACCUGGGACGUCAACAAGUUCCACACUACCUUCUCUCGAGUUUUCCCUUCAGGAGCCUCAGACAGAUCAGUAGCUUCCACUAGCAUACAUGCAGAAUCACCAUUUCGGCUGAACUCAUUGGGAACUAGCAGCUUGGAUUCUCUGGGUACUUAG